GUUGUUGCUCUCUCAGUCACCAGCUCAGCCUCCACCGACCCCUCGCUCCUCUCUCUCCCCGCAGACAUGUCGCUGUCCCUGGGCUGGAUCUCCGCGCUGUUCGCGGGCUUUUUCUCCGCGCAUGUGCUCCAGACUCUGUGCUACCCGUACUUCUGGAGGGACCUUCUCUUCCUCCUGAAGGUGGUCCGUUACGGGCUGAAGAUCGAGCUCUCCAAGCUCACCUCCUCCGUGCACACGGUGCUGGAUCGGUUCGUGGAGCAGGCGCAGAGGAUCCCCGACAGACCCUUCGUCAUCUACGAUGGAAGCGCGCACACGUACCGGGACGUGGACCUGCGCAGCAACAGGUUCGCUCAGGUGUUCUCUGAGCAGGUGAAGUUAAAGAGGGGGGACUGCGUGGCUCUGCUCAUGAGUAACGAGCCGGACUUCCUGUGCGCCUGGUUCGGCUUGGCUAAGGCGGGCUGCUCGGUGGCUUUCCUCAACACCAACAUCAAAUCCAGGUCCCUGCUGCACUGCUUCAACUGCUGCGGAGCCAGGACCCUCAUCGUGGGCUCAGAUUUAUUGGACAGUCUGGACGGCGCCCUGACCACGCUGCUGGACGAUGACAUCCAGGUGUGGGCGGUGAAGAGCCAAACGGAGCACAGGCGGGUGAACACGCUGCUGGAUAAGGUCGACGCCGCGUCCGAUAAGCCCGUCCCUGCAGCAUUACGAGCCGCCACCUCCCUGAAAGCCGCCACCCUCUACAUCUUCACCUCCGGGACCACAGGUCUCCCUAAAGCCGCAGUGAUCACCCACCUGCAGAGUCUGAAGGCGGCGGCGGGUUUUUGGGCGUUUGGUGUGACGGAGAAAGAUGUGAUGUACGUACCUCUGCCGCUCUACCACAGCGCCGCCUCGCUGAUCGGGAUCGGAGGAACCAUAGAGCUGGGAGCGACCUGCAUCCUGAAGAAGAAGUUUUCAGCCUCUCAGUUCUGGAGCGACUGCAGAAAAUACAACGUGACGGUUUUCCAGUACAUCGGAGAACUCUGCAGAUAUCUCUGCAACCAGCCCAAGUCGGAUCAGGAUAAAAACCACCGGGUGGUGAUGGGCGUGGGGAACGGGCUGCGGCCGGACGUCUGGAGGGAGUUUCAGAGACGCUUUGGGGACAUAAAGAUGUGCGAGGUGUACGGAUCGACAGAGGGAAAUCUGUGCUUCAUGAACCACAUCGGAAAAAUCGGGACAGUGGGACGCUCCAACUUCUUCUACAGGCUGCUGUUUAAGUACGACCUGGUGAAGUACGACAUGGUGAAAGACGAACCGGUCAAAGAUCAGCACGGCUUCUGUCAGCGAGUGAACACUGGUGAGACGGGUCUGCUCCUGUCCAAGGUCAGCGCCCUCAGCCCGUUCUUCGGCUACGCCGGGAGCAAACACCUGACGGAGAAGAAGCUGAUCAGGAACGUGUUCGUCAAAGGAGACGCUUAUUUUAACACGGGAGACCUGAUGUCUGAAGACCAGGAGGGGUUCAUCAGCUUCAGAGACCGAGUGGGAGACACGUUCAGGUGGAAAGGAGAGAAUGUUGCAACCACAGAGGUGACAGAGAUUUUGGGUCAGGUUGAGUUCAUACAGGAAGUGAACGUCUACGGAGUAGAAAUCAGAGGACACGAGGGCAGAGCAGGAAUGGCGGCCAUGAUUGUUCGACCGGGGUUCUCCUUCGAUGGAAAGAAGCUGUUUGAUCAUGUGACCAAGGAGCUGCCGGCGUACGCCCGCCCUCUCUUCAUCAGACUACAGGAGGAGAUGGAGAUGACGAGCACGUUCAAGCAGCAGAAGUUCCAGCUGGUUCAGAGCGGUUUUAACCCGUCGUCCAUCUCCGACCCUCUGUUCGUCAUCGAUGCUCAACAGAAGGUUUACGUCCCUCUGACGGACACGAUCUACCAGAGCAUUGUCAGCGGGGAGAGGAAACUCUAAAACUGUGAGGAAACGUCACGUUAGCUUUUUAAAUUCAACCCUGCGAGUCUGCAAUCAUGUUUGUGAAGUCUGGAUGAAGAGCUAUGGACUGGACGUGUGAGGGAGGGAGAUCCUCUCACCUUUUUCUCUUAAUAAAAGAUUUAUUCUCUACAUAUCAGCUCAGAUAUAGCAGAUCUAUCAAUAAUCAGCCUAAGUGUAUUUAUUUCUGCAGUAUUCAGGGUCAAAGGUCACUCAGAGAUGAGCGAGUUAGAGACUAGAACUACCGUCUGCCUCCAGGAAGCAAAGAUCUGAUCUCUGGGUCAAGACCAAGGGCUCGGCUGGUUUCUGGGUUCAUAGAGGGAUGAACAUGAGGCCCAACGACCUUUGACCUCCCUCAUCUGACCAGUUCAUCCUGGAGGCAGAGGGGACAGGUUUGAAAAGUUUGAGGAUUUUUCAUUCAAAAGAACAUCCCGCACAGACGGACAUGAAGGAGAGACGCUCUGAAAACAUGAAGCCUCCAGCCCGGAUAGCGCCACCUGGAGGCACAAAACAACACUGAAGGAAGAUAAAAGUUUGAGGCUGAAUUACUGAAGUUUUUAGGUUUUUAAACUCUACAGAUGGAGGAGUGAAAACCGAAAAACAGGAGAAGAAAAUCAGUCAAAGCCUUCAAGAGAGAUCACAUUCAGAGGAAUGGCCGUACAGACGCACCUCUGCAUGCAUGCAUAGGAGACUUUCUGCCUGAACCCCCAGGGAUUAUUGGGUUAAAAAAAGAUUUGAAAGAUGCAAAUUCAGCUUUUUAUAACAGCGUAUAUAGGCCAUAAUUUCAGCUAAUUAAGGACAAUAUUUAGAGCCUAUUUAAGCUGAUAUUUGUAGAUGAUAUAGACAGAUAUCUACAGCAGAUAUGGGCUAAUAUUUUCUCAAAAUUUUGGUCAAAAUUUGCAGCCAAACUAGGCUGAUAUUUACUGCAGAUGUAGACUGAUACUGACGGCUGAUUAAGGCCAAUAUUUAUAGCCGAUAAGAGCGAUCUAUGCAUCUAAUAUGUGCUAAUAUUUGCAGCUGACAUAGACCUUUAUUUACAGCAAAUAUGGACUAUUUAUUCAGAAUAUUGGCAGAUAUCUGCAGCCAAUUAAGAUCCAUAUUGACAGCAAAUGUAGGCUGAUGUUUGCAGCUGAUUAAGGCCAAUAUUUAUCGCCCAUAUAAGCUGAUAUUUGCAUCCAAAAUAAGCUAAUAAUUACAGUAACAAUGACUGUGAAUUAAUCAAAAUCUAGGCCAAUAUCUGCAGCUGAUACUAGCAGAUAAUUUGGUCAGUCUUGGCAGAUGCUGACUUUUGAAGUGGGUAACUGUGGCACGCCUUCUAAGGUGCAUGGAGGAUGGAGAAGGUCUUGAAGAGAACAGAAACCUCCAGCAGCACUUGUAGUUUAGAGAACAACUGAACAUUGUGACCCUGAUGAGGGCUUCAUGCAGAAACGCACAGAUCCAACCUUCCAAAGUCAAAGUCUUUCUGCCUGAACCACCAGCGAUCGCUGCUUUAGUAAAAGCCUGACUUAAAGUUUCAAACCCAGGACUUUACCCCGACUCUUAGUGAUAAGCCCUGAAUCAUCACUGUUAGUGAGAAGAAGCUUGUUUAAAGGAUUAUCUGCUCAGUUUUUAAGCUUUUAGAAAGCUGACCAAUCAUGUAACAGCCAUCUUUGAUUUCAUAAAUCACUUCAAGUUAAGAUGCAGUUAGACUUCCAGCUCCUUUUAUAAAAUUUGCCGACAUAUUGGUGCAUUUAGACCGUGAUUGUUUUUGUCCUGGACACGCCCCCACCAGGACGUCCCAUGCUCCUGUGGAACCACAACUCUUCCAUCAAAAUCUGAGCUUCAGAGACUGUCCUUGUGAGAGUCUAUGAAUAAAUCUGGAGUGUGGUGCAGAUAUUCUGGAGGUUAGAGUAUCAGUUUGUAUGACUUUUAUGUUAUUUGGUCCAUUUUUCUGUGAAAUAACCCUUUAAAUGUCUUAAAACGGUGCAGUUUCUCUGAUAAGCUCACAUAUUUUGAAGAAACCCCCCCUCCACUAAUGUGUUCUCAAACAAGCCGUUCUCAGAUUUUCCCCUCAUGAUGUCAUGUGGGGAGUUAGCCCCGCCCCCAGGUUCAGUCGGCCCUCCUUUCGUGAUCCUCCUAGAUCAGAAGAGCCAUAGAUAUCUAUAGUAAUGGCUAGAUGUCUCGUCCGCGCUGCCGGCCAAUGGAGUCACAUGUCCGCACUGGCGGCCAUCUUGCCACAGUCAGCUGGCUCACCCAUAACUCUGUGUAGUAGUGGUGCAUGUACUUUUAGAAUAACCAUAACUUGCUCAAUUUUCUACCGAUUUUCAAACAGGUUGGUUUGUUAUAAACGUCAGAGGUGUAGUUAUAACUCUGCACUUAUGGAUAAUUAUGUUACACUUCCGGUCAAAAGUUUGGGAUCACCUACUUAUUUCCCCAUUGGACUUCAGAUAGGUGCAAUGAAUACACACACACACACACACACACACACACACACACACACACACAGUAUUUAUGUCAAAUCAAUAUAUGAGCUACUAAAACUCAGCGUACAGAAUGGCAACAUGAGAUAUAUGUAUACUUUUAUAACAGGAAUAUUACUAAUAUGAUAAAAUAAUUUCAAUUAUUACAUGUUUAGUUUAAACAUGUAAUAAUUCAAAAUGUUGUAUUAUAUUAGUAAUAUUUUAUAAAUGUGACAUUUAUUUGCAAUAAAAAAUAGGUACAAGAUUUCCCUUUACAAAUAUACAUCAAGAAAUGCUGCAUGUCGAAAUCCCCACCCUCUAGAGAGAACUAGAGUACUGUGGAGGUAUACACAUGGAGGACAGAGACAAGAAAUGACCCCAAAAACACAGAUAAAUCAAUAAUAAUAAAUAAUAUUUAUUACAUGAUAUAUAAAUGAUAUCAUAUUUUAUAGAAAUUGUAUGUAUGUUUGUAUGUACUGUAAGAAUAACCACAUUAAAAUAGUUAUAAAAAGGUGUCCAAGAGAAACAUUCAGUGAUUGUGUAAACAAACUAAACUCAAAUGCCUUGUGUCAACAACAAUCUUGCAAUACUAUUAUGUCAGCCCUGCUGUUCCUUUGUAACAGGAUUGUACAUACCUCCACUAAGUAACUAACGAUUAUCCUAACUAUAGUCAUAGUAUUGUAAUAUCUUACAGGUGAAAGGUGAUGCCACAUGCUCUGGUUUCAUCACCACGGCGAUUAGAGCAUCCGUAGACUGCACGAAAGUCUGACAUCUUCACUCAGCAAUUUCCUGUAGGAAUCAUAAUGUGAGAUUUAACAAGUUAAAUCUGGUGGUCUCAGCCUUACACCACUAUGCUGCAUGAUUAAGUCGUUUUUUGAAGAGAAAAGCUGCAAUUUUAACGUGUUCAAACAUCCAGAAUUGUAGCCACGAUAAUAAUGUUUGUAAGAAACCAAACCGUUUGUAAAUCCGUCAAGAUUUCAACGAGAUAAGAGAAUUGACGUUUGUGCAGACCUCUCACCUUCCCUCAGGUACCACAGAUUCCGCCAGAGAGCAUGCCUGUGUUAAGAUGGCUGCUGGUGAUGACGUUAGAAACUCAGCCGGAAGACAUCUAGCCAUUACUAUAGAUAUCUAUGAGAAGAGCCACAUCGAUUUCCUGAGAGGGGCGGAGUCAGACAGCUCAUUACCAUUUAAAGCCACAGACACAGAAGCAGCUGGUUCUGAGGGCUGGAACAGAGGAGGUUUUAGACAUGCAGACAUCAAUACUGGAGAAACAAACUUCUCAGGCAUGUUUUAGUGACCUCUGAGACCGAUAUUAACUAGUCUUUAAGGGUCAAAUAUGUGACCUUUAAACCCCCUGAAGUGCCUUAUUUCUACCAGACCUCACGGCCAUCUGGAGGUUUUAGAUACAGAUUUAAUUUAACAUGCACAGAUAUGAUUUAAAGUUGCACAGAAAGAAAAGCUUCAUAGUCGUGUUUUUGCAGCUUCACUGGUGGAAAUCACCUCUCUGUCCCUCCAUCAGAAACCUGCAGUACUGACCAUAAAUGCACUCUGUCUGAUUUUCAGAUUUAAUUCAUCAUAAACAGGAGUAGCUGUAGUUAUCAUGACUGUGAGACUAUUAGAGCCAUGAAGUGCCCGAUCAUCAGCCAUAUCUGAGUUUAUUCCCCGUUAUGUGAUGAUUUAAUGCUGUGAAACAUCUAAUUUCCAUCUUGGAUUUAUUUACUUUGUUUUAAUUCUUUAAUUUUGUUUUCUGGGGAUUUGAACGUGUGCUGCUAAACGUAUUAAAC